AUGAUCUACGUCUUAGUGCUUCCACUAAACUUUUCGAGACUCCACAGCAAUGUCUUACCAACCAUCUGGUCCGCCACCACCAGGAUUUGGUCCCCCACAAGGGGGUCCUUAUCAGCCUCCCCCUUAUCAACAACAACCUUAUGGACCCCCUCCAGGACAGUAUCAACCAGGGCCUGGGCCUUAUCCUCAGGGACCAUACAAUCAGGGGCCUUAUCCACCACCCCAGGGGCCGUACCCGCAGGGGCCCUACCCGCCUCCAGGACAGCAGCCGUACUAUCCUCCACAACAACAAGAUAACGAUAGCGAUUGUUGCAAAUGGUGCUGUGGCCUUACAUGUCUAUCUCUUCUUUGUUGCUGUCUCAUGGACAGGGAUUAGAGCAGGAAUUGUGUGGAUUUAGGUUAAUUUUUGUCCAAAAAGGAGCUUUCAGAAUUUCCGUAUUGGCUAUAUUUACACCAUAGCUCAGACUAGAGAUCGUGCAACACAAGUCGAUUUACAUCGUCCGUUACGUACUAUACUAGCACAUACAACAGAAUUCUGUGGUUUGCUAGCCACUGUAUAAUCAUGGUUAGUAUACUGUAAAAAAUUGAAAAGUGAAAAGUUCAUUAUACUUGUUUCCUAAUAUAGUUGACGCAAGACGGAAGUAUAUGGUGUAUUUUCAUGAGGGUCCAUUUGAUAUCUUGAAAGAGCUAUUUAAGUGAAGUUGUUACGCGACAUCAUAUCGAAAUUCUGACAGCACCAGCUCCAGUAUAAGGCAGAGUAAUAACACGGCAAAAAGGUUAAAAAGCUAACGAUAUAUUCCACCAGAAUUUUAUGAAUAAAACAGAUUCUCACUGGGUUCUAUUUUGCACAAAUUAGAGAAUUUCAUCAAAAAAAAAAUCACGUGCCAUUUUGCCGUCCAAACAAACAUUGAAAACUAUGAUGCCUUAGAUGACCCUCUUGUGAAGUAAUUAUGUUUCAAUAUAAAAGCAUAUAGUGCUUCAAUUUGUAAAAUGAAAAUACCUUCCUUCUUCCUUUAUAUGGAGACAUUUGAAAGUGUUAUGACAAAUAUCUUUUACUCAUCAUAAAAUAUAGGUAAAAACUUCUAUUUUCUAUUGAUAUUUUACGAAUGUUAGUUUUCAGAUAAGCUUUGUUUUUUGUAUAAAGUAUAAAAAUAUACUAGUAAUUCUUUUAAAGUGUUACAAAAAGGAGUCAUGCUGGUACCAAAUUUACAACCAUCUUGUAUCCUCACACACUUAAAAUAUCGCCUACUUUCCUGAUUAUAACAUGGGAUUUCAUAGAUUCUUCCAUUUGAAUCUACUUUACAUGUUCGUCCUUUUGUUUAGAGCUUUUUAAUUCUAUCUUAAUAUACUAUUAUAUGGUUUACCAAUGAAUAUCAGCUUUUUGAAAUUAUGUUGCUGAAAAUGCUGCACACUUCAAACUAACAUUGGUACUACUUAUCUCUCCAGUGUAUACACGAUCUUAUGUAUUGAUGAAAUAAUUUCAUAUAGACUUACUCUGCCAGAAAUUUCAGAAACGCUUCCAAACCAAAGAUUAUUUACUUUUACAAUACAUAGUUGAUAUAAUUCCUCUUUUUCUUAAACUGAUUGAUAAAAAAUACCAUCUUUGGUUUUGCUUAUUGAUCACAUUAACAGAGAAGCUGUUUUUGAUUUUUUUGCAUCUGCUAACAUAUUUCAAAACAGUGUCUUAAGCUGGUAUAAAAUCCGGCGCCUUAUCCGUUACACGAAAAGACAAAACAGUUCUUCAAUCCAAUUAUUCAGUUAUAUAUAGGUACUGAUAUAUGGUUUCUUUUAUACAGUGAAUAAUGCUGUGGAUGUAUUGUUUAAAUAUUCUUAUUGUAGAAAUAAAGAUGAAUGGUAUUGUGUUCAAAUUAACUUUAUACAUUGUACAUUAUUGAUAGGCGACUAAAUAAUGAGUUUUCUUGGCAAACCUGUUAUAUAUUAUAUAUUAUUUUAUGAGUGCUUGAUUUUAUAUUUUUGAAUUAGUUGGUGGAAGUGCUUGAAAACAUAUGAGGUAUUUUAAUUAAUUUAUCUAUAUAAUAUGUAUACCUAUCUGUGAAUGAAGUUAGGUUGUUCAAUUAUACACAAACGAAAUAAAAAUAUAAAUUACCUUCUAGAUUUAUUCAUAGCCUUUACAAAAGAGCUUCUGUUUAUUCUUGUAGAUUUUUAACAGGAAAAAUAAGUAAUUCAAAGUUUGUCAAAAAAAUAUCUUUUUGUAGUACAGUAUAUUGGCUACACACUUACAC